AAUGAGACAUCUGAUGACUCUGCUGUUUCUGGUGAUCUUCUGCUGUCUGCAGCUGACUACAAGUGCUCCAAUUGCUUCUGAGAUGGUAAAUUCAGAGUGCUGUUUCAAGUUCAAUAAUGUACUGAUUCCUUUGAAGCAUGUGAAGUUGUACUAUUGGACCAGCGAUAACUGCGCCAAGCGUGCCAUUGUGUUUCAGACUGAUAAAAGGAAGAUCUGUGUAGACCCAGAAACCACCUGGGUGAGCCGCCAUAUGGCUAAAGUGGACAACAGAACAACUACAGCUACACCAAAGACUCAAACCACCACAGCAGGCAGAGAUACGCAGACAGACAACAACCCUGAGGGGAAAAUGGCAAAUCUGAUGUCUCUACUGCUUCUGGGUCUGUUCUGCUCAGUUCAUCUGACCUCAAGUGGUCCUGCGGCACUUGAUUCUGCUAAAUCAACAUGCUGUCCAAAAAACAUUCCUAAUAAGCCGAUUCCUUUGAAGAAGAUCGUGUCUGUUUACUGGACCAGUAGCAGUUGUCCCACAAAACGUGUUGUGUUUCGGUCAAUUAAAGGCAAGGAGAUUUGUGCAGAUCCAGAAAAAGCCUGGGUGAACAGCCAUAUUAUUAAAGUGAACAAGAAAAGAACUACACAAACAGCAAAUACUCUAGGGACGGGUCUGACAGACUAAAUAAAAUGUGGUGAAAUGUACAUGAUUGAAUAUUAUUUAAUAUUUUGCCCUCUUGUUUAUAUUAUGAUGGUGCACAUUAAGUACCGUAUAUAGGCUAUACAGUAUUCAUUUAAAAAUAUAUUUUUUUUAUUCCGUUUUUGUAUUUUUUGUAUUUAAAUGAUCUCACACACUAGCUGUUUUAAACCACCACGUUGUACCCAUUUUGUCAUUUACUUUGUAAAUAAAUGC